AUGACUCCAACCACGGCCAACAAGUCCACACCCACCAAACCCCCAUCCGCCCACCGCCUCAUCGCCACAGCGGAACUCCUCGAACAAAUCCUCCUCAACCUCUCCAACCAAACCCUCCUCCUCAGCCAACGCGUCAACACCCAAUUCAAAUCCACAAUCGCCGGCUCCCUGCACCUCCAACGCAAGCUCUUCUUCCGGCUGGCCCCCAAAGACGGAGCGACCGUGUACGACGACGAAGGCAUCAACCCGCUCGUCCACAAAGUCCCCAACCUCACCUUCACCACCCUCAACGGAAAACGCGGUCCCAAGCUCAAGAUAACCUACACUUUCGCCUGCGAUUACCGCUCGACGCCGCAACGCCCGCCUCACGUCGACAGCAGUUGGCGACGGAUGUACCUCACACAUCUUCCCGUGGAUCAGAACCCCGGCCAUAUGUUUUUCGGCCGUGAGGAGGAGCAUACCAAAAUGAUCAUCAACGGGAAGUACUCCGACGGCAAGGUUUAUCAGGUAUGCAAGGAAGAGGUGCCGAUUGCGCCGGUGGUGAUGGGCGAGUACGAGGAGACGGCGUGGCGUCACUUUCGGCGGCAUGCUGAGUGCGAUGCUGCGAUAGUGGCGAGGUUGGUGGAGUCGCUGGGGAUGAUGAGUACGGCGGAUUUGGAGAGCGAUGCAUAA